CAAAAGGAGAGAAGCAAAAGAAAAGGGGGGAGGAGGUGAAAGAUAGAGGAGAGGAAGGAGAAGCAAAAGAGAAGGGGGAAAAAACAGGAAAAAACAAACAAUGUAAACACAUUCAAACAUGUGAGGAGUUUAAAGAGAAACAGAGAAAAUGGCGGUGAACACAGUGCAGGUAGAGAACGGGAAGCCUGUACUGGACAACCAAGAAAGCAUACUAAUGAGUUUCAAAGAUGUCCAGCUAUCUAUCCAUGAUAUGAAUAAAAUCCCUGAGCUAAUGAAAAACAAAAGGAAAGGAGAGGUCUUUCUCACUCAACGGAGGGUGAUAUUCUUGUCAAAAGAUCAGUCUAAACCACUGAAAUCGUUCUCGCUGCCAUUCCAACUCAUUGAAGGAUUUACUGUUGAGCAGGGGUUAUUCUCCAGUAAUUAUAUCAAGGGAAGGAUAACCGCUCAGCCUGAAGGUGGCUGGGAAGGACAAGCGACAUUCAGACUGACGUUCUACUCUGGAGGAGCGGUUGAUUUUGCCAAGACGGUUGUCCAAGUAGCCAAUCCCGCAUCUAGAAACGUUGCACCUUACGGUCCUGUGGUGUACGUUUAUGAAACGAUUCGUGUUAUACCAGUGAGAAACCAAAGCUUCCUUAGAUCUGCUGGUCCAGUUGUAAAUGAGAGCAGAAGUUAUGCAUAUGUUCCUGCAUCACCUCCUCCACAAGGUGGUUAUUAUAUGCCAACUUCUCCCAUGUAUGGUGGUUAUGGAUAUCCACCUCCGAUGUACUAUAACUCCAUGCAAACCCCGCCAAACUUUCCUCCAUUUGGACAACCAGGCAUGCCUCCGAUGAGUGCGAGUUUCACAUCACCUGCUUUCCCUGGAUAUGCACAGUAUCCUCCUCCAGUCUCAACCACCAGAAUGGCAGUUCCUCAGACGUUUAGUAGUGAUUCAUCGCCACUGUUUAAUCAACAGAACUCUCAGUUUACGGCUCCAUUAAACCCAACAGCACCAACAGGAGAUAAAUCGCUGAAUGAUUUUUUGCUGAGUCCUAUGGAAAAAUACCAACCACAUAGAAUCAGAAUUGUAUCGCAGAAUAGUCCUCCAGGUGAAUUAGAUCCAUACACUACGUCCACACCAGAUUACAAUCCUUCAUGGUAUUCAGUCAUUAACCAGCCCCAUGAGGUUACUCCCUCUGCAAGCACAACAGGAAAAAUUGGAGCACAAACGUAGAUGUUGCCAGAAUCUGCAUAUCAUGUUACUUACUGGUCUUAAUGGCAGACAGGUAUCUGUAGCAUGGUCCUUUAUAAUUGCUUGACAGCAAGAGAGUGAGAUGGAAGAAACCAUGAGGCACAACGUCCCUCCCGAUCUUGGACAUAUCAGUCAACACUCCAACACAAUAAGGCAACUAAUAAAUGUCCACACUUUCUCAGAUAUCUUUGGUGUGGUU